CUGGUUCAAAAAAUUUUAUACGAAACACAAAACCAGACGAGCAGUUUCUUAUCAGUUUAAGAUUAUUCGCAAAGUUUAACAGCCUUAAACUUCAUCCCAAGGCAUCCUUUAAGUUGUGAACUAACUCAGUGAAAAUAUAAAACAUUGAAAAAUUGACCAAAUUAGAGGGAAAACAGUAAAAAAUCACCAAUUUUUUUCGUUUCUAUAUUGGAAAAUAUAAAAAAAGAAAGAAAUAACCAGAAAAUAGUGAAAAAGAUAAAGAAAAUAUUUAAACGUUUAAAAAUAUUUAGUGCAAAUAAUAAAGCCAAUUCUUGCAGCCGCAAUGAAUGUAUCAGAUGAAGAUUGUUUGAGGGAUUGCGAGCAAUACAUUUCAACACACAGCAUUCAGCGUGUAUUAAAAGAUGCAAUUGUUCAACUAUGUGUCUUCAGACCAGAGAAUCCCGUGACAUUUUUACGGCAAUAUUUUCAAAAACUAGAAAGAGUAAGUACAGCCAAAAGACAUGUUUUUAUAUUUCGUCAU